UGAUCGACCCACAACAGUUUGAACACGCCGAAUGACUGCAACGUCACAUUCGCGUGUAACAAUAAAAGUAUUCUCACCUUAGCUGUAGUUUCUUAAUAACCUAAAAGUGUACAGAAAAUUUACAAAAUGAUAAUCAGCGUUAAUAUUGACGUGGAUUCGGCUUUAUUUUAUGGAUUAAUAGUUGCUGUUAUUUUUCUUAUAUUAUAUGUAUGUUUCGAUUUGAAUUAUUUUUUAACAAAUAUAUUUUUGAUAACGUGGUGUAAAAUACGACGCAAACGUGUGAAAAUUAAUGAAACAACAGAAUAUUAUGGUGUAUGCACAACAAAUGACUUGGAUAUCUACUUUCAACAUAUGAAUAAUGCCCGUUACAUACGAGAAUUAGAUUUUGCUAGAUUUCAUUUUUACCAAAGAACUGGUAUCUAUGAAAUUUUAUUAAAGUCUGAUGGUCUAGUGUUGCAAACAGCAUGUCACGUUAGAUAUCGAAGAACAAUUCCGUUCCUUACUCCAUAUAAAAUAACUACGAGAGUUAUUUACUGGGAUGAAAAACAUAUUUAUUUAGAACACCAGUUUGUUACUUUAAGUGAUGGUUUUCUAACGACAGUAAUUUUAUGUAAACAAACAAUUCUAGGUGUAAAUGUAAUUGAAAUGAUGAAUAUAUUAUUAGAUCAAAAGAACGACGAAAAUUAUAAGCCUGAUCCACCUCCAGAAUUCGAAGACUGGAUACAUUUAAAUAAAAAAUCUAGUGCACGAUUAAGAAAUGGAAAUCGAUGUACAAAUUUUUGAGAUGUGGAUUAGGUAUUGUAUUGUUAGGUUUUUGUUAAGCAUGGGGUACUGUACUCAAGUUUUUUAUUGUAUAAAUUAAAUCUACAUUAAAAUUUAAAAUACC